UUCUGCUUUGGCCGCCUAACCCAAAAAAAGAAAAAGAAAAAAAAAGAAGAAGAUAAAAGACAAAACGAAAAAAAGCUGACCAGAUCGCGGUGCUCAUCAAAUGGCGGAAGCCCAAGGCGACAAAACCCUAACCCUAUCCGAGCAAUACCACUUGAAGGGAAAUGAAGAAAAAGCAAAUGUAGGUAUAAAACCUGAAGAAGUGAAAGAGGUUCAAAACCCAGAGAAUGCAGCUUCUAAAGAAGUAGUUGCUGACAAAGCUGAGGAAACACCAGCUGCAGCUGCUGCUGUUGCUAGUGAAGAAAGCAGUGGAUCCACUCCUACUGCUGUUGGUGAAGAGAGCACUGAAGACAAUACUGGUGCUGCUGAAAACAGCACUGAAGCAGCUCCUGAGGAAAGCAGUGAAAAUACUGAAAACUCAGGUGAACAAGAAGUGGAAGAAGAAACACCUGAAGUUAAGCUUGAGACAGCACCAGCAGAUUUCCGUUUCCCUACAACAAAUCAAACUAGGCAUUGCUUUACACGUUAUGUAGAAUAUCAUCGGUGCGUAGCUGCGAAGGGAGAAGGAGCUCCAGAGUGUGAGAAGUUUGCAAAAUAUUAUCGUUCUCUUUGCCCUGGUGAAUGGGUGGAGAGAUGGAAUGAACAAAGGGAGAAUGGAACCUUUCCAGGGCCUCUGUAGCUGGUCUCUGUUUGAAGCGUUGAUAUUGUUUGCUCACUCAGAUAAAUUUCUUUGAUGAGAAUCGAACUCUCAGGGAAUAUCCUAUUUAAGACAACGAGUUAAUAAGAAAUUUUGGCUUGUCUCCUAAUACAGAAGAUUUGUUGCUCAUAAUGUUUGACAUCUGUGAGGCUCUUUUCCUUUGGUAUUUCUUUCCCGUAUCGUACAACAACGGUUACGGUUUAUUGACUGAGACCCUUUAGAUAAUCAUUUACCUUUGGUGAAUUGUGUACCUACAAAAUAAAAAUAUGCAUUACUUCUUGAUA